AUGAAGAGCAGGCAAAGUGAUCCUAUGGACGACGAUUACAGCAACGACAACUUCUCCACUGACGACGAAAUGUCUCUUUCCUCCAAGGCAGAGGAGCAGGGGAGAAUGUCUACAACCGGAUCCAACACAUCUAGCAACAAAGAAGAUCAUGUAUUGGAAAGCACCAAUCUGUUGCGCAAAGAUACCCGAAUUCGUGUGCUUCGAGCAGCUGCACUUCUCAUCCUUAUAUUUGCAGCUAUUGUUGUAUCAUUUGUUGUAUACAGCAGUCUCAGAGCAUCCGAACAACGAGAAUUCGAGACCCGAUUCUGGGAUGAAGCGGCACAAGUUGGAAACGCGUUGGAAAAUGAAAUGCAAUCAAAACUUCGAGCUAUUGACUCUCUUUCUGUGACUACUACAUCCUAUGCCAACUCGAGAGGCAGGACAUGGCCUAACAUCACAAUCCCCGAGUUUUCCUAUCGAGCUGCCAGCGUAUUGACAAUUGCUGGGGGUAUUUCAAUGGCACUCCAACCAGUGGUCACAAGCGACUUGCUGGAAGGUUGGGAGCAGUAUUCCGAAAAGGAGCAGAAAUGGAUCACUUCUGAUCUAGACUUUCAAGAAAUGUACCCAUCAGCUCUCGAAUCGCAACAAGGCGACGGCGGUGUGGGAAGGAGAAGAAAGACUCAAGAAGAAGGAACCAAACCACCGAGAAUCCGGAACCAGUACAACAUAUCCGAAUUUGUAUUUCAUGUAGAAAAUGGUAUUCCAAAGAGAUCCGAAGCCAACAUCACCCUUCCGUUUUGGCAGCAUAGUCCUGUUUUGGAUGGGCUGCCCUGGAUCAACUAUGAUAUAUUCGAGAAGGAAGGAAACAAGGGUCCGAUCUUGGAAGUUUUGACUAACCAACAGGCUGCUUUUGGUAUGAUCUAUGAGCUUUCAGAUAGUAUUCGAGGGUACGACUUUGAUCCUAUUAAUCAUGCGCUCACUCAGGAAGAAUGGAAAGAUAUUUGGGGUGUUUCUUCAGACAACCUCUUUCAGCAUGAUGAGAUUCAAUCGAUCCCUGAAGGCGAGAUCCAGAGUACCGAAGAAGCGAUCGAUGGGUUUGGUUCUUCUGGGCCAGCAGAAGCCACUGUGUAUGCAACGCUGGGGGGUCCAGCUGUGAACAUUUGGUACCCAGUCUUCUCGGAUCUGGUAGGCACCAGGGAUGUGGUUGCCAUCCUAUCCAUGACCACCAAGUGGGAGUCUUUCUUGCUGCCCAAUUUGCCUCCAGAUGCUAAUGGUCUCGUUGUUGUGAUAUGGAAUGAAUGUGAUCAGGUUAUCACCUUUGAUAUUACUGGUACGGAUGUGACCUACUUGGGUCCUGGAGACCUACACGAGGAUAAAUUCAACGAGUUCAAGGAAACCUACACUCUGAACACUGACAUCUCGACAUUUUCAGAGAUCCAAUUAUCAACUGGAUUCUGUCCCUACUUUGCCACUGUGUAUCCAUCGAGUCAGAUGCGCGAAGCGUUUGAUUCGACAAGUCCGGUAGCCUACACAGUCGGUGUGGCAACAAUCUUUGCGUUUGCCAUUGCAGUAUUCGUUCUGUAUGACCUUCUUGUGGAACGCCGUCAAAAGUUCUUGGCAGAAACAGCACACAAGAGUAACGUAAUUGCCUCUGGACUUUUCCCAAGAACUGUGCGGGAUCGACUCUAUCAAGAAAAGCAGGGUAUAUCUCCCAAGGGCAGUCCAUUUCUCUUGCACUCUGACCAUUCCUUGAACAACUCGAAGCCGUUGACCACUCCACCAAUUGCUGACAUAUACACGAGUACAACUGUCAUGUUUGGAGACAUUGCUGGAUUCACCAAAUGGAGCAGCACUCGCCAACCUACGGAAGUAUUCGUGCUUCUCGAAACUCUAUACGGCUCCUUCGAUAAGAUUGCCAAAAAGAUGAAUGUGUUCAAGGUAGAAACAAUCGGGGAUUGCUACAUGGCGGUGACCGGACUACCACACCCACAGGAACGGCACCAUAUUAUCAUGGUAAAAUUCGCUCGGCAGCUACUUUACAAGACAAACCUGCUUACAAAAGAACUGGAAGCAACACUGGGUCCUGAUACUGGAACUCUAUGUUUCCGAAUUGGGUUACAUUCAGGCCCGGUGACUGCAGGAGUAUUGCGAGGAGAGAAGAGCAGGUUCCAGUUAUUUGGAGAUACCGUUAACACGGCAUCGAGAAUGGAGUCGACAGGAAUGCCGAAUCGUAUCCAUGUGUCACAAGCAACAGCCGACCUCAUUGCGGCAUCAGGCAAGCCUCACUGGUUAAAGAAAAGAGACGAGCUCGUUGAGGCAAAAGGGAAAGGCAAAGUUCAGACUUACUGGGUUGCGGCAAAAAAGGCAUCCAACUCGGUCUCUUCAGGAGCAGACAACACUUCAAGAAGUGAUGAUCCAUCGUCAUCCCGAUUCUCGGAAUCGCAAUGGAGCACUUCGCCAGUAGAAGUGCCGCUAUUCGAUCUAUAA